AUGGAACACGGCAACAACGAUUACUAUUACUCUGCAGAGAGAUACGCUCAACGAGAACAAUUACGAGAACCAUUACGAGAACAUUUCUUUGAACAAGAAUCACGACAAUCACAAGAUUAUCAUCCUCAACAAAGGUCGACGUUCGACGAUAGCAUGUUGUCCGAGAAUCCUCAUCCCGUGUCACUUUUUCGAUCACCAUCGCGAUCCCAAAAUCAUAAUUCGUCUCCUAAUCCACAACCACAACAACAAAUUCAAUCUUUACAAGAUUCACAAAAGAAAAGUUCUUUCAAACGACAAAUAAUCACAGGUCCUAAUACACCUCCGUUAACUCCCCCUCGUCAUCAUCGUCCUUAUAAGAGACGAAGUUCUUCAACUUUAGUUGUUAAGAAAUCCGAUGGUGCGAUGGUUAGUUUAUUGAAUGAUGAUGACGAUUCGACCUUAUCUCCAACUUCUAUGUUCUCUGAUGACGAAUCGGUGUUUUCUUCGGUUUCUAGUUGUGGAUGCUCUGAUGAUGGUUUGGCUUCUCAUACAAAUACUCAAAGACCACGUACUUCUUCAAAUCCUUCUCUCACAAAUACUACCACAGUAAAUAAACGUAAAUAUAUUUGUCAACAUCCUGAUUGUGGUAAAAGCUUUACUACAAGCGGUCAUCUUGCUCGUCAUAAUAGGAUACACACUGGAGAAAAAAAUUUUCCUUGCUUAAUGCCAGGUUGCACAUCAAAAUUCUCCCGUCAAGAUAAUAUGAUGCAACAUUACAGAACACAUUUGUCUUCUAAAAGUCGACGUGGUUCAAAGUCUGGUAUUCACACUCCUCCACCUCAGCCACAAACAUCUUGUCCCAAUAUUGAACCUCAAUCAAAACGUGUUAGAUGUAUGUCUACACCAACUUCUACGCCUAUAACAUCAUCAUCAACAACUGUUGUUUAUCAUUCUUCAAUGACAAACUUACCAUCAGUUAGACCAACAUUGUUUCAAGAACCUGUUCAUUUACCUCCAAUUCAUUCCAUGAUGUCACCUGUUAUCUCUUUACCUCAACCUUCUUCACAUCAUCAUAUGAGAAGUGGUAGAAUAGAUAACAUAAACAAUUCUAUUGGAAUGACAAAUUAUGUUAGCAUCAUGGGUUAA